GAUAUAUAACUGCGCGGAGCAAUAAUUGUGAUAGUACCGUGUACCACAAGACGCAAGCAUCGAACGGUGGGUCGUCAUGAGGCAAUCGAUAACGAAAAUGAGGGUUUUGCUUCUCCUGUUGAUCUUCAAGAUAACAAGCUCCGAGGUCCAAGCAAACCCGCACUUUACCGUUAUAACCUCCGAGUCCAAGGCAGUGAACAUCGACUUCAAAAAGUAUCACCCCUCCCCCGACUCCGCCAAAGUGCUCAUAUCCCAGAAGCCCUUGCACGGUUCCUUACCAUGCUUCGCUGAUUCGCCAAUAGAGAUGGAGGACACAUAUUGUGACGUCAAGACAGUGUACAUCCCUGCACCGAAAUUCUCAGGGGAAGACGUCUUCGCCUACUCCUACCUCCAUCCAAACAUGACCGAAACGGCUGAUGGGAAGUUCGAGGUGCGCGUCAUUGUUCGGCCGAAGCCUCGGCCCAUCAAAGCCUUAGAUGAUAGCGCUGCCAUGACGACGGAACAGACGCACGUGCACAUUCCUGUAUUAGCCAAUGACGAGCUUAAUGAUCAGCCUGACGUGUGCAUCAAGACGUAUGAUACAAAACAUUCCGAAGAGGGGGAGGCUAGGUUUGAGGAUGUCGCACUGAAGCUAGGCUUUACUGCUACGCAGGGGAACCCCCCUAAGGCCCCCGAUUGUCUGUUCGAUCAAUAUGAUCCUAAUCGAAAGGUUUGGAUCAAAGGGGCCUUCUGCCUUCCGGAUCUGGCCAAUGGGGCCAUCGCCCUCGCCGACUACGACGGAGACGGCCUGAUGGAUUUCUACUACCCGCGCAUGGACGGCACCGAUCAACUGUGGAAGAAUACGGGGAAUGGAACGUAUCGACUGGCGACCGAGGAAGCGGGAUUAGAGGCCACUGUUCAUCACAGAUCUUCAGGAGUGACAUGGGCUGACGUUGACAAUGACGGAGACGUGGACCUCUACAUCGCUACUAUGGCGGAGAAACGCUUCUACCUUUAUAUCAACGACGGUAUGGGCCACUUCACGGAGGAAGCCGAGGUGAGAGGCGUGGCGCUGGAACCUACGAUCUCUCCUUACCAGACGAGCACUAUGACUAUCGCGGUUGCAGACUACGAUGGGGAUGGAUGGCUGGACUUUUACACCACGGAAUGGCUGCCGCAUCUAGACCAGAGCUUUGACUAUCAGAACGGGACACACUCCAACUGCAAACUUCUCAGAAACCUUGGAGCACAAGGGAAGCCUGGGUUCUUCGAGGACGUGACAGAGAAAGCCGGACUUUUCCGUACCCCUACCCCUACAGUAGAUGCCGACCGAAUGGGCGGAGUAGACGUCCGGUACUACGGCGUGGCCAACACUGGACUGAUGAAAGACAUCCUACCUGGCCCAUAUAAGCUGACAGCCCUGUUCACUGAUCUUGAUAAUGAUGGACAUAUGGACCUUCUCAUCAACGGUGACUUCAGAACUAGCGCCGUCUACUGGAACAACGGCAACGGGACCUUCCGGGAGGGCACAAAGGAUGCUGGGAUAGGAACCGAUGAGAAUGGGAUGGGCUCAACGGUGGCGGACAUUGACUUUGACGGCCUUCAAGACUGGUUUGUGACCAGUAUUCACAUCACUGAAGAGCAGAUGAAGCCAUUCUAUGCAGUCUACAUGGGCGGGGGCUUUAUCUUCGGAUAUACCGGAAACAGAAUGUUCAAGAACAUUGGGGACCGGAAGUUCAAUGACAGUACGGACGCUAUGGGUGUUCGUGUUGGUCAGUGGGGGUGGGGUGCGGCAUUUUUUGACUUUGAUAAUGAUGGUGACCUAGAUCUUAUCCACACUAAUGGCUUCAGUGACUCUGAUAACACUGAUGCUGACUUCUUACACGGUACACGGUCCAGACUUUUUGAGAACAGGUAUUUUGAGGAUGGACAGGGCGUGGUCAGGUUUGAGGAGAGGGGCGAGGAGAGGGGAGUGACAGACAAGCUGGAUGGGCGGGGUCUGCUUGUGUUUGACUACGAAGAGGAUGGGGAUCUUGACGUCCUGAUCUCGAAUAACGCCGAGCGCCCCAUUCUGUACCGGAACAUCGGCGGGAAUAAAAACGAUUUUCUUAGGGUGGACGUAAUUGAAGCCAAAAGUGGACGCGAUAGUAUUGGCGCAAGAGUCUAUCUCUACUCUCCUAGACUCGAGCGAGAAAUCUUGCGAGAAAUUCGCAGCGUGUCAGCGUUCUCUGCGCAGGGUGAGACGACUGCGCACUUUGGACUUGGCGCCGAGUCAGCGGAUACAUUCACCGUGCGCGUUCAUUGGCCAGUCACGAACAAUACCAGAAUCAUCGAAAACGUUCCAAGAAGAGUCUCCAUCACUGUCCGUGACAUCCUGGACCAACGGGAUGCCAUGGAAGUGACGUCCUAUGAGGAGUCUGCCCUGUCAUGUCAGCGGACUCUUGUGAAGGGAGUGGCGAGCCCACCGUGUCAUGGUCACGUGGUUGUUGGAGCGAAACACGUGACUUACUAUCCUAAUGCUGAUUUUAGCGGCGUGGACGAGUUCAAGUACACGAUAAGUGACGGAGAGACCACCUCCACGGCGAAUGUAAUGGUCAAGGUCACAAAAAGCCAAGGUCCUGACCCUUCCGCCAAAGAGUUCUCCGCCCAGAGAUUUCCGCGAAUAGACGCCGUCGGCAAUAACGUCCAUCACCCUAACCUUGGCAAACCCAUGAUGCCUCUGUUGCGACUUGCCAAGCCUGCGUACGCAGAUGGUUUUGAGGAACCCUCUGGCCAAGCGCGACCCGGACCGCGGGCGAUAUCUAACGCAAUCUUCGACCAGCGCGUGGAUGUAUUCAGCAAAGAAGGUCUUAACGAGUUCCACAUGCACUUUGGCCAAUUGGUGGCUCACGACACAGAUUUUGCAACGCCUUACGCCAACUUUCUGACGUCGGAGAACUUUGGGAUCCCGAUUCCCGCGGGAGACCCGUGGUUUGACCCGCACGGUACGGGAACACAGAUGAUGCGCUUUAGAAGAUCGGCGAAAUUGCAGACGACAGGAAAGCUACACGGGAAACCUCGAGAACAGGUCAAUAAAAUCACAGCGUUUCUGGACCUGUCAUUUCUGUACGGAUCCCAAGCCGAGCGCACACAGAUGUUGCGUUCAAUGAAACACGGUAAGCUGAAGCAUCAAGAAGGUGAGAUGAUCACCCCGAACACCAAACAAGUCCCAAACCUAAACCUACUAAACGGACCGCGAGACAAGAUGCUUGUAUCGGGAGAUAACAGAGUUAAUGUCCAGCCUGGACUCAUCGCACUUCACACGCUAUGGUCACGCGAGCACAACCACAUCUGCGACGAGAUACGCGCGCGUACUCCAGACAUGGAUGACGAAACGCUGUUUCAGCACGCGCGCGCACUCACGCGCGCCAAGUGGCAGAAGAUUGUGUGGGAGGAGUAUUUGCCUACCGUGAUUGGCAGCGAAGAGUUCGCGCGCUUGGGCAAGUACCAGGGAUACAACAGUUCCAUACACGUGGGCAUCUUUAACGAGUUCUCGACAGCUGCUUUCAGGUUCGGUCACAGUCAAAUCGGCAACACCAUGCAUCGACUGAAUGAAAACUGGGAGAUGGCGGAACAGGGCCACCUCUCUCUCCGCGACGCCUACUUCAACCCGGGCCGCGUGAUUCAAGAGGGAGGCAUCGAGCCACUCAUCCGAGGCAUGCUCAAGCAAUUCGCCCAGAAUGUCGACACGAAAUUUACUGACGCAGUCCGGAACUUCCUGUUCGGUACAAAUACAAUGGGGCUCGACCUGGUGUCUUUAGGAAUACAGAGGGGACGGGACCACGGACUGGCUGACUACAACGCCGUUCGCGAGGCUAUUGGUCUGCCCCGGAGAGCAUCUUUUGCCGAGAUAACCCCGGAUGAGAACACGCUGAAGAAGUUUGAGGUAUACCCAAGCGUCGAUGAUGUCGACCUGUGGGUGGGUGGGUUAGCAGAGGAGCACGUCGAGGGGGGAUGUGUGGGGGAGACCUUCGCUCGGAUCAUCGCGAUGCAGUUCAAGGUGUUGCGUGACGGGGACCGAUUCUGGUACGAAAACCCUGACACGAUGGUGUACAACUUGCGUGACAGGACACGCCUACCGACCAAGGUUGUCACUAUGAAUGAGGUGCUGCAAAGGACCACGGGUAUCAAGUGGAAAGCGUCCACGUUUCACGUGACCAGCGGAGUGCAGGUGGAGUGGAAUUUAAAGAUCAAUUGAAAGGACUACGGUUAAGGCAGUGUUUAACGGUCUAGUUAUGUUAAUUGACCUAGUAACGAUAACUUAUCUCGCGAUAAUCACAUGGUUCUUGUUCAUUACCUUUACAUUCGUUUAAUCAAGUGAUAUAAGCUGAUCACGUGAUAUUAUCUGAUGAUGCGUUGUAGUGGUUGACCGUGUGGUUUUAGGUGAUCUUGUGACAAAUCACACAUCAACGCAAAUAUUCAAGGCAAGCUAGAUUGAGCACAAUAUUUUUAUAUCUUCGCAGCGGCGGUGGAUAGCAAAAAAAACAACAUAUUGCACGUCCUGGUCACGUGAUAUUAGCUAAUAAUACGUGAUAAAUAUGUGAUUUUAGGUGUGGUCAUUGAUGUAGUCUACAAAUCAAGUCUGUGAGCCGCAUCCGUCACUGUAUCAAUAGUGUUUUUUCUUAGCCACAUGUGUAGGCAAUACACUCUGUUUAUAUUUAUGCUGCCGUAGACAAACCCAGUGAAAGACAACUCAUAUAGAACACUUAUACAUUUAGAAUACUUGUACAUGUCUGUUAAACACUGAUUAUAUUUUGUUUUUAACAUAGAUUCUAGCUAAAGUAAUAUAUGGCUAAGUACGUUAUUAAUAAUACCUAUUUCUGUAAAGUUUAAAGCAACUCGACAAUAAGUGUUUUUUUUUUACUUUUCUUAAUUAAUGAUAUAUUGGGAAGUGAAUAUG